AUGGACUUUGACCUACUGGAUGACGCAGAGGAGAUCUUGCAUCCACUCUGCCUCUGCCUCAAUCAGGACUUCUCGCGCGUCGGCGUGGGCCAUCAUAAGGGAUACGUCAUCUACCACAUUCACCGCUGCGCCACCCCCGCUGCUGCGGAAAGGGAGGAAGGGGCGUUGUGCUCGGGGCCGCCCUUUUACACAACGAUUGAGGCAAUGUUUCCUCCAAGGCGAGAGAGCCAGUGCUCGACACCGACAUCGUGGGACGUGCCAGAGCGCGCCCCACCCUCACCCUCUCCCUCUCCCGCAGGGGGGGGUGAAACGAAGGAAGGUCCCUGCGAGCACCAGGGCGAGGUUGAUAACGACCCCCUGCUUGACGUCCUUGCACGUAGUUUGUCCUCGCGGUGUCACGCGAGCAAAUGGUCAGAGAGUAGGGGAAAGGAUGUGGAAUCGGGACACUUAGAGGCUGAGAAAGCAUGGCAACCGCACAAGCGGGAAGAGCAGCAGGACUCGCCGGGAGGCACUGCUAGUUCUGCGGGUGUAAUGUUUGAGGGAAGCCGCGCGACGUUGACGUCGGCAGUCCCAGAUGCGGAUUUCGCAAGGUGGAUGGAUCAGGUAAGGGGUGUGCCGUUGCCGACGGAGAGCGGUGUAGGUGUGAUGGCGCUUUUGUAUAAGACGAGGUUUGUCGCCGUUGUCGGUGGUGGGCCGUACCCUGUGGGGCCAAGAAACGUCGUUAAAAUAUUUAUCAUGGGUGACAUUUGGGCAGACCGCAAUGUGUGUGUGCCAGACCCUGUGGAGGACCUGCGGCUGGAUCAUCGGCUCAUCAUAAUUCUCACCACCAGGGAACUGCGUCUGCACAGCUUUGAGACGGGGAGGUGCGUCUUCACUGUGCCGCUGUGGGUGGACCAGAGCCCCAAAUCGGGCCCGGCGACGUCAACCUCGUCCCCGUUUGUCGCGAGCGCUCCUUUGCCUGCGGCAAAGUUACAACAGCUGAAGCUUGGCGGCUCUGCUGCCGCGGCGUCGUCAGCGCCGACCACGUCCACUACACGCUUUGUUGCGUUACUCGACAUCGACUACAGUAAAAAGUGCGUCGCGUUCCGCAGCUCCAUGGUGGGAUUCAGUCUAGUGCGCUACGACGCGGAGUCGUCCCUCUCGAACAGGGUAAACGCGGAGUUUCUGGCUACGGUGCCGGUGGCCCACGAACAUGCGCUCACCUCGCUUGCAAUGGACCUAAACGGCGAGCUGAAGAGCGGCGGAAGCAGCAAUGCCGCGUCUGGAGCGGUGCGGUGGCACAUUGCCACCUGCAGUGAACGUGCGACCCUUAUACGUGUUUGGAGAUACUGCGAAAGAGAAGCGGCGGCCCGCACUUUGGCGCAUCUGGCAGCGUCCACCCAGUCGCACCCUGCUGAAGCGGGGCCCAAGAGCGUCAUUGAUGAUCAGGGUGGCGGCAGUAAUCUUCCCGGGUAUUUUGUGAAAAUUCGGGAGGUACGGAAUGCAUCGCUGCCAACGCCCAUCUUUCAAAUGCGUUUUCUUGGGGAAAACUUUCUUUUCUGCAUAGCGUGGAACACCAUUAAGGUUUUCUUCGUGGGCGAGCAGGAGAAGCCGAGGGCGUACGACGUUAGUACGAAGGAUCCAAGCAAGGCCUGUCGAGCACAAAACUGUCACUCCACGCUGCACCACCUCGGUGUGGUUUCCGCAUACUUUAACUCUGAGUGGGCAGCCUGUGAGUCUCCACUGCCGCUGACGGACGGUGUAUUUCUCCCCAGAUGGGUGAGUACAGCAUCGGGGGAACUGCGACAUCAUCUUCUGCGUGGCAUAGGCUCUAAUUGCCGUAUGACAGACGGUGAUGCUGCAGAAAAUGAUGCGCACCGGGGCCAUGCCACACUGGAGGGCUCUACCUCGUGCUCUUCGCUCAACCAUACACAGCACUCUCAGGGAAUGUCGCAAAACGCCUCGGUGCAUGCAGCCUCCUCGCUCAGCAAGUCUCAGGAGUAUGGUGAAAGUUUUCGUCGGUAUGUUUUACAGCUGGCACCAAUAGUCGAGAGUGCGGGUCGGGCUGCCCGGUUCUACUGGGGGCACAGGGGGGACAACAAUGAGGGGGCAACGAAUCGUGAGAAGGAGGUGACAACUACUAACUCACAAGAGCGAGAUUAUACUAUGAUGACCGAGAUUGCUCAAUCGCUCGUGGUGUGGUGGGAGCAGCCUGCGUACUGGCAGGUGGAAUACAUGACAAAGGCCUUUUUGCGUGUCCACACCGCCACCACCUCCGAGGUGUUUCCCAGUCACUCUCAUUAUCAUCACUCAACCAAUUUGUACUGCGUCACUUGUGACGGGAGUGCUGUCAGCUUCGAAUUUGACCCCGUCACAGGCACAAUUGAAUGCAGCAAAGCCACUGCCGUUGGUCCACGUGGGUAA